UCGUGCCGUCGCUGUGCGCUUUUCUUCAGUUUCCCUCGGCUGCUGCUGCUCUUUCACGCCCCGUGUACUUCUUAGGGCUCGGAGUUUCAGCGUGGCUUAUUAACAUGUUAAAAGUGUCAGUGCUGUAUAGGUCGUCCUGUGACAAAUGCAUGACCCAUUCACUUUCCGGGGGGGGAUUAUGGUUGGAAGUAGUAAAGUUUUUAGAAAAGCAAAAUAAAAAACCCCUGCUGACACCUGCCGUUCAAUAGGGAAAUAGCGCUGAGUAGAAGCGCUUUCGAAGACCCGGGGCGGGGCGGAGAGAGCCGUCUCUCACCAGGCGAGCGCUGACAAGGUGAAACUACCCGCAGGGUCUCCCAGAGUUAGCAGAGAUGGGCGACGGGCUUGGCUCACCAGGAAGUGAGAUCUCGGCGUAAACCGUGUCUGUGUUCCGGGACGCACUGACCGCUCCGCUCCCAGCCGGAGAUACCAGCCAGGAUGCCGCAGAGAGUGUUCGCCCUGCCGAGACAGGAGUCCCUGCUCCUUCCGGCGGUUCUUAAUCCCUUCGUGAAAGAAACCCGUUUGGUCACAGCUGACAGAAUCAAGUGUGUUGUGUUAGGAGCAGUGCUGUUUCCCCUCCGGGUGCUGUGCUUGACGGUUCUCCUCCUGCUGUCAUGGCCUGUUGCAGCCAUAGCAACAUUCCUGCACCCUAUCAAAGGAGCCAUCGAGCCCAUGGCAGGGUGGAGACGGCUCCUGAGCCAGGCCGUGAUGAGCUGUGUGGGGCGUGCGUUCUUCUUCUUCCUGGGGUUCAGGGUGCAGGUGAAGGGUCAGAGGGCGAGCAGUGCCGAAGCGCCCAUCCUGGCUGUGGCCCCCCACUCGAGCUUCUUCGACGGGAUUGUCUGCAUCGUGGCCGGGCUGCCCUCCACUGUGUCCCGCUCCGAAAACCUGGCCACGCCCGUCUUCGGCCGGUUCCUGCGCUGCCUGCAGCCUGUGCUGGUAUCCCGCCUGGAUCCUGAUUCCCGGAAAAACACCAUCCUGGAGAUAGAGAGGAGAGCCACAUCGCAGGGGAAAUGGCCACAGGUAUUAAUUUUUCCUGAAGGGACCUGCACCAACCGGUCCUGUCUCAUCACAUUCAAGCAAGGUGCCUUCAUUCCUGGAGUCCCUGUGCAGCCAGUGCUUCUCCGAUACCCGAACCAGCUGGACACUGUGACGUGGACCUGGCAGGGGCCAAAAGCGCGGACUCUCCUGUUGCUGACACUGUGUCAGUUAUACACCAAUGUAGAGAUUGAGUUUCUUCCUCCACACGUUCCAAGCGAGGAGGAGAAGAAAGUCCCCAUGCUGUUUGCCAGCAGAGUCAGGAGCACUAUGGCCAAAGCGCUGGGCGUGCCUGUGACAGACCACACCUAUGAGGACUGCCGGCUGAUGAUCUCAGCAGGCGAGCUCACACUGCCCAUGGAGGCCGGGCUAGUGGAGUUCACUAAAAUCAGCAGGAAGCUCAACCUGAAGUGGGACAAUGUGAGGAAGCAGCUGGAGGGAUUUGCAGCGAUCGCUAGCUCCUGCAAAGGGGGUCGGAUCGGGAUCGAGGAGUUUGCAGGUUUCCUGAAGCUGCCCAUCACGCCUGCCCUGCAGGAGCUGUUCGCCCUCUUUGACCGGAAUGGGGAUGGCACGAUAGACUUCAGAGAGUACGUCAUCGGUCUCAGCGUCCUCUGUCGACCCGCUAACUCGGAGGAAAACAUUCAGAUGGCAUUUCAGCUGUUUGACGUGGACGAAGAUGGGAACAUCGACCAGGAAGAGUUCUCCUCCCUGCUGCGGUCCUCCCUCGGCGUUCCAGACCUGGAUGUCUCCCGGCUGUUUGGGGAGAUCGAUGCCGAUGAUUCCGGACACAUCACCUACCCCGAGUUCAAAGCCUUUGCCCUGACCCACCCCGAGUACGCCAAGCUGUUCACCACCUACCUGGAGCUCCAGCGGUACCACGCCCUGCAGGGGGAAGGGCUUGUGCCGGGCCCGCCCACCAGCAGGGUCAGCCCUGAGAGCGCCGGGGAAGACAGCGCCUCGGACAAGAAAGAAGACUGAUGUGGGGACUGCCACUCCCCUCUGUACAUAUCGAUCUCUUUUUUUACUGUUUUUAAAUGGGCUGAAGCAAUGUUUUUAAUAAACAGUUAAAUCAUUAAGUGCU